GCGACCCAUUUCAAUUCUCCCUUCACACAAGGGCUUCCUGUUAAUUAUAUUCGAUCCAAUUCACCCGAUGCAUCCAAUGGGUUAUCAUUAAUCGAAAGGGUUAUGCGUCUCGAAGAACGUCUUAAUGAAUUAGAAGCGAAUAAACGGAAGAAAUCCGUUUAA